GGGUUGAAGCGAAGACGCGUGAGCGAAGCGACUAGCGAGAACUCGGCUCAUCUAGAGAGGAAGGAGCUGAUACGUGGUCAUGGACGCCAGUAAAGGUAAAGGGGAUCAAGGGAUGCAAAAUCCAGGUGGGCAGUUGGACAGACCUGUCAGCUUCCACUUCUUGGAAAGCAUGCUUCCCAAAGUGGUGAAGAGGCGAGUGCAUGCCUUAAAAAGGCUACAGGUGCAAUGUGCUAACAUAGAGGCUAAAUUCUACGAGGAGGUCCAUGAGCUAGAGAGGAAGUAUGCUGCCCUCUAUCAGCCACUGUUUGACAAGAGACGAGAUAUUGUCACAGGAACAGUGGAGCCCACAGACGAGGAGUGCGAGUGGCAAAGCGACAAAGAGGAAGAGGAGGAGCUGGCUGAGGAGGUAAAGGAAAAGGCUGCUAUUGAGGAUGCAAAGAAAGAGGAAGCCACGCCAGAGGAAGAUCCAAAGGGCAUCCCUGAGUUCUGGCUCACCAUAUUCAAGAGCGUGGACAUGCUCAGUGACAUGCUACAGGAACAUGAUGAGCCCAUCCUAAAACACCUGAAAGAUAUUCAAGUGAAGUUUUCCGAGCCAGGACAGCCAAUGAGUUUCACAUUAGAGUUCCACUUUGAGCCCAAUGGCUACUUCAACAAUGCAGUUCUCACUAAAGUCUACAAGAUGAAGUCGGAGCCUGACGCCUCAGAUCCUUUCUCAUUCGAGGGCCCAGAGAUCAUUGACUGUGAAGGCUGUCAGAUAGAUUGGCACAAGGGGAAGGAUGUGACAGUGAAAACUAUUAAGAAGAAGCAGAAGCAUAAAGGCCGUGGCACCGUCCGCACUGUUACCAAACAGGUCCCCAAUGACUCUUUCUUCAACUUCUUUAAUCCUGUCAAAGCUUCACCAGAUGGAGAAAUGGACGAAGACUCUGAGUUCACCCUAGCCACAGACUUUGAGAUUGGUCAUUUCUUCCGUGAAAGAAUAGUUCCCAGAGCGGUGCUGUAUUUCACUGGGGAGGCCCUGGAAGAUGAUGAGAGUUUUGAAGAGGAGGAACUGGAAGAGGGGGAUGAAGAGGAACAAGACGAGGAGGGUGACGAAGAUGAUGAUGAGGGAGACUUUGACCCCAAGGCAUAAUCAAACAUUCUCACCCCAUGCAUUUCUAGAAAGAACAGCCCCAGCCUGCCGAAUGCAAACAGCAGUAACCGUGGUGAUCAGGAGAGGUGGAAACCUGCUGUCCGUCAAAUCAGUUCUUAGCCAAUCAGCAAGUCCUCCUACUCUUGCAGGCUCCGCUCUUUUACGAACUCUCACCUGAACGCAAUAGAACGCAAACCAAACUGCGUUUUUAAUAUGUGCAUGACUUCUUUUUCUUUUGUCUUGCACCCAUCUCACCCCCCUUUUUUUUUUUGUUUGUUUUUUUUUGUUUUUGGCUUCAUUCGAACUCCAAACAGGAAUUGACUCGACUCCUAAUCAAAUUGCCAUGGCAUCACGUAGGGACAGUCGUCUUCUUCUUCUUUGGUAAGGUGGAGUAGGUUGCUACUGCCAAACUCAGAACAUCAUUAAAUGGGAAAGGGUAGGAAAGGAACGGAUCCCAACUUUAGUUUUCAUGAAAAUAAGUCAAUUACUCAGGGUUUUUUAAACGCCAACAAGAGACGUGUGAGUUUACGAGGAAACUGCUGAACAAGUUUGACUUAAUCUUUCACUGGGGUUGUGUUUUUUUCUUUUGUUAUGGUGUUUUAUAAGAGACAUACAGUGUAUCAUUUUGAAUUUAAUUUACUUUUUUUUUUUUUUAAGUGUUCAUUGUCAUGUCAUUGGAUUAUUUAUUCUGGUGUCAUGCAGCUGUAUGAAGUGGUGCAUUUUGGGGAACGCUUUAAAGCCCGGCCGCAGUUAUAGGCUCACUCUCACCGGCUCCGAUCUCACUUUGGGCUUAGGACAACAAAAUACUGCCAAGUCGUAUUUUUAUUGUUAUUAUUGUAGUCAAAAUUAAGACGUGUGUCCUGUAUUAACGCAGCUCACGUCUGCCCAUGUCUACAUUGGGCUAAACAAGCAUUUAAACGAAGCACUUGAGUGGGACACGUAGGACUAAUUAAGACAGGCACGUGGUUAUACCUCAAAACUCUCAUGUAAUGCUCUUCCCUUUUUUUCAACCCCUGAAAUGCUCUUUUGUGUUAACAAGCGUAGUAGGAAUGAUUUAUCAAAUGAAGACAUUCAACAAGAACAAAUCUUUAGCUUGUUGGUUUUCCCCCCAGCCCGAGCAUCACACACACACACACACCAGUGUUCCCCUCAGAGACGACAGGUUUGAGCAGACACAUUAAACUUCUGUGGUUGUUUUCACUUCUGGUGUGUAUCCAGUUCUCAACAAAUGUCACGUAGAGUCAGGGAUGGGACAGGAAGCAGGAAGUUUGGAUCAAAAUGUAAAUUCUGUUGCCAAGAAGCCAAAAUGUAAGACACGCCGUCCUCUUUUAUUGAAUUGUUUGCCAAUUGUCAUUAACACAAUGUAAUCUAAUUCAGCAUUUAAAGUUGUUUAAGAAUAUAUAUAAAUAUUUCUGUUAUUGUCUAAUGAUUCAGUAGAAUGUCUGUGGAAAACAAGUGGAAGAGGGUGCCAAUGUAUUUUCUACACUGUACUGGGAUUUUGGCCGUUCGGUUGGACACCUUUGCCUGGUGGCUGGUCAUCGAUAGCAGCGACAGC